GCUGGUCGGGUGCUUGCUGGGGCUCUGGGUUGCUCGGUGUACACGCAAAGCGACACGAAAGCUAAAACAAAAGCAGACUCCAUCUGUGGGCCUGAGGUCGGACUACAGCAGCAUAGUUCUACACAGCACCGGAAGGAGAGAAGGCGGCCAACAUCAUCCUAUUUUACAUCACAACGUACUCGUCACGGCGAAUUACGGUUUGCCAUGACCACCAAAGGAAACAGCAAGUGCCUGGACGCCUUCGUCGUUGCCUUGAACCAGGCUUGCGAUGGACAAGAAAAGCGUUGGUAUGUGUCUACGCUGGAGCUGCAGCUCGUGUCACUGGAAGUUUGUGGGGCGUGCAGACGUGUCCAGACCUUGCACGUACGUGUCAAGCCACAAACGCCUCCUAGCUUGUGGUUCCCUAGCCAAAACCACACCACAACCAACAACCGCAGUCCAAAGGUUUGCAUCUCGAGCCGGGUGCCGGUUGUGCAGGCUUUUGGUUUGACGUGGGCACUUCCGAUGGGGGUUCUGCAGCAGAGGUCUGCCACUGAAGUGCGAUCAGGGUCAGGAUGUCGGCGUGCAAACACACACUCAUCUGCAGCAAGCUUAGAAUCGGCGGUUUGGCCUCAAAGGCUCAAACGGAUGGUAUUUGAAUCGGAUAUGACCGUGAACACGGCGUCGUGGCCUGCUUCCCUGCAACAGCUAUCGUUUGGUUGUGGCUUCAACCAAGCAAUCGUCGGGGUCGCGUGGCCUGCCUCCCUGCAGCAGCUAUCGUUUGGAUAUUCCUUCAACCAGCCAAUCUUCGGAGUCGUGUGGCCGGCCUCCCUGCGGCAGCUAUCGUUUGGAUAUUGCUUCAACCAGCCAAUUGUCGGAGUCGCGUGGCCGGCCUCCCUGCAACAGCUAUCGUUUGGAGUUGACUUCAACCAGCCCAUCGCUGAGGUCGUGUGGCCGGCCUGCUUAGAUUGUCUGUCGUUUGCGGAUUUAUUCGACCAGCCCAUCGCCGGAGUCGUGUGGCCUGCCUCCCUGCAGAAGAUAUCGUUUGGGUUUUUCUUCAACCAGCCAAUUGUUGGAGCCAUGUGGCCGGCCUCCCUGAAGCAUGUGUCGUUUGGGUAUUGUUUCAAUCGAUCCAUUUCGGGAGGCGUGUGGCCGGCCUCACUGCAGCAGCUAUCGUUUGGUUUUGAAUUCAACCAACCCACCGUCGGAGUCAUGUGGCCGCCCUCCCUACAAAACCUAUCGUUUGGGAAUUCCUUCAACCAGCCGAUCGUUGGAGGCGUAUGGCCGGACUCCCUGCAACAGCUAUCGUUUGGACGUUGUUUCAACCAGCCAAUCAUUGGAGUCGUGUGGUCGGUAUCCCUGCAGCAGCUGUCGUUUGGUUGUGGCUUCAACCAGCCCAUCGUCGGAGUUGAGUGGCCGGCCUCCCUGCAACAGCUGUCGUUUGGCGAGAAAUUCAACCAGCCCAUAGCCGAAGUCGUGUGGCCUGUCUUCCUGCAGCAGCUAUCGUUUGGAUCCUCCUUCAACCAGCCAGUCUUCGGAGCCGUGUGGCCGGCCUCCGUGCGGCAACUUUCGUUUGGAUACUCCUUCAACCAACCAAUCGUCGGAGGCAUAUGGCCAGCCUCCCUACAACAGCUAUCGUUUGGAGCAAAAUUCAACCAGCCCAUCGCCAAAGUCAUGUGGCCGGCGUCCCUGCAGCAGCUAUCGUUUGAUGCUGAUUCUGACUUCAACAAGCCCAUCCUCGGAGUCAUGUGGUCGGUGUCCCUGCAGCAGCUAUCGUUUGGGUAUUCCUUCAACCAGCCAAUCUUGGGAGUCGUGUGGCCUCCCUCCCUGAAGCAGCUGUCCUUUGGCGUUUUCUUCAACCAGCCCAUUGCCGGAGUCGUGUGGCCGACCUACCUGCAACAGUUAUCGUUUGGUUCUGAAUUCAACCAGCCUAUUGCUGGAGUCGCGUGGCCGGCCUCCCUGCAGCGACUAUCGUUUGGUUGGGGCUUCAACCGACCGAUCGCCGACGCAGUGUGGCCGGUCUCUCUGCAGCAUCUUUCGUUUGGAGGUCAAUUUGAUCAGCCCCUCGUCGGAGUCUGGUGGCCGGCCUCCUUACGAAGUGUGACUCGUCAAGGACGCAGUCUGCCGUUCCAAAACUGCUCAACCACGGCAAGGGAAUGCUACAGUUCGAGGAGCGACACCGCAAGGCCGACAGCAACCGCAAGAUCUACACUGCCGUCGCCUCCCUGGCCGUCGCCGCCGGACUCGUUUGCGCCGUCUCCUCCUCCACCGAACACUCCGCUGCGGCCGCGGGAGGGUAUGGUUAGGAAGACGCGACGCGUCGAGGGAGGGUUUUCCUUCAUCACUGCGCGAUUGCGCGUGCUCUUGUUCAUCGCUCUCUAGACGUUGUGGUGUCGUAAUCCUGCGAACGCACGACUUCAUUCUGGACAAAUCGUGCUUCCUACUCACCAAAUAGAUGGGCCGAACACGCACACAUCCAACCAGCUGAUCUGUGCAGACGUGUGGAGAGAGGCGCUUGUCCGGGGGUGUCUGAAAGUACUAUUUACCCAUUCAGCAUUUGCGAU